GUUGGAACAUGGCAAGUACACCGGAAUGGACUUCAUUACCAACUAUACUUUUCGACGGAUUGUUACCCAAGCUCGCUAUGGUGCUUGAGCUCACCCAAAAAGCAGAAGGGACUGCAACUCCUGUAGCCAAACAAGCACUGCUGCAUGCGACGAAUGAUUUCAGACAUGCACUUACUCAGGCGAAAGAUUAUGCAAGCACACUUGCAGGAGGUGACCUCUUAGUGGAGGAGCAGGACAGUGUAGUUGCAAUGCUCGAGAUGCUGAAGCAGCACAAGCAGCAGCAAUUAAUACAAUUUGCAUUGGAGGUUGGAUCUUUGUCUACUAUCGCAAUCUCCAAUACCAGUUCAAAGAUGGAGAUUGAUUCUACUGCUUCAACCCCAUUUGCUUCUGGUGGUCAAUUAUAAUACGGGACUCGGGAUGCGCCGACUUUGUCGGUACAAACUUUGCUUGUCUUUGGCGGGUGCGAUUUUAGAGUCUGUUCGGACAGCGAAUUUUCGCAAAAUUCAAAAUUCAAAAUUGCUUUAUCAUAUUACAAGCAUCUGUCACAUCAUGCUGAUAACAGGUAUCGAUAAAGUCGUUGUACACCAUCCAGCAGAAUGCACUGCAACCCUGAUCAAGACCCAAUGGACAUGGAUGAUGCAGAAUCUGAUUCAGGUGACACAUUGAAGUUAAUAGAUGUCAAUAUGGAGGAAGAUGAUGAUGAGUUGGAUGUGCUGGAGGGGUUGUUCUAUCCUGCAGCUUGAGCAGUCUCCAUGAUCGUUGUUGA